AUGCUUUCAAGAUCACUUGCCCGCCCAUUCUGCCGCAGAAUUGCGAGCUGCCGGCCGCUAUACAAAAACGUUCCAAAGUUUGACGAUGCCGAUUUAUUAGCAGACGAGCUGAACCAUGGGACAUACAAAGCCAAGAGACGGAGAGACGACUUUGAGUGGACAGACCGGUCAUCACAGGAGAUGAAAAAAGAGUACGAGGACCGAAUGGCGAAGAUGAUGAAGCUUUCUGCCGCAUUACAAGGCCUGUUGAUUGUCGCGGGUCUUGGGGCUGCUGCGACAGUGUACAUGAAAUGGCCACAAAUCAAGGGAUGGUGGAUCACCAGGGAUAUGAAGCUGGAUGAUGAUGCCAUUGAACAAAUAAAGAGACGGAAAGAGAGAAAGCGUGCUCUUGAUUUUCCGGUAAUUCCUGCCACAGCUCUUCCUAGCAGCGAACCUGGUCUUUACUUUUGGGGUGCAGGCAGAAACGAUGGGCAGAACCAAAAGUUCCCCCUCCGUGUCCCCUACUUUGACCACAAAAAGCUAAGAGAUGUGGCCCUGUCUUCGACGGAUGGGAACCUGGCCAUUGACGAGAGAGGCGACCUGCUGAGCUGGGACGCAAAAAGCAUCCACAUGGUUCUUGAGGGCCAGAGCUUAGUUAAGGUGAAAGCUUCUAAUGGAGCAGCUUACGCUCUGAACAAGAAGGGCGAAAUCUUGGUGGUUCCACUGCGCGACGCGGCCAAAAAAUCUAAUAACGUUAAAUGGCGCAGGUCCUGGUUUCUACCUUGGAAGAAAUACCGCCAGUAUUCAUGGAAGCUUGACACCAAAACUGCUUUCGCAGGGCGCAAUGAAAAAAGAAUCACAGAUUUCGACGUGGGCAAAGACCAUCUUCUUUUCAUCUCGAACACAGGCAAGGCAUAUGUUUGUGCUACAGGCAUUACACCUCCGGAGAAAGCUAAAUCUCGGGGCCAGUUUGGCGUGCCAACCCUUUCCCAGUUUGACCGCUUCCCUGAGCUAAACAAAGUCUUUGAGGUUGAGCUGCUUAACUACGGUGUCGGCGGAGAUAAAGUGGUUAGCAGGACCAUUCAAAAAGUCGCCUGUGGAGACUAUCAUUCCCUGGCUUUAGAUUCACUUGGAGAUGUGUAUUCUUUUGGUCAGAACACACAUGGUCAGCUAGGACAUCCUAUCAGCUACGAUAUGGAGUACGUGCCGUUCCCAAAGAAAGUGGGUAAUUUCAAUGCGCAUUUCACAAGAGACACUCAUGUAAGGUGCACAGAUAUCCACUGCGGCUCCAACACGUCCUUUGUAAGUGUGGUGCCCCAAGAUGUACACAAGUACUUCCUUAACAAGGGCAAAGUUUCGCUAGAAGAGGAACUGGACAAGGUCACCUACUUCUCUUUCGGAAAUGGUCUUCACGGCGAGCUUGGAAAUGGCCACUUCAAGCACUCGCAGCAGGAGCCCACGAAGUUGAAGGUUGUGAACGACUCGCCCGAGUCAGCGGAGGCGAAAGCUCCAAAGCGACUCAAAGUCAGCGAAUGGUCCUGUGGCGGCGAACACUUUUUUUGCAGGCUCGAGGAUGAUGAGAUUGUCGCCUGGGGCAGUAAUGAUGCCGGCCAGCUGGGCAAUGGCAAAAAGAUUAAAACCUGUAAGCCAACUAAUAUUCCAAAGCUAUUGGAGCCAGGUACAAGCCGCCCUGAGCAAUUACUAGGCGCCAGCGGCUCCUUACGCUUGACACCCGAACAGCACAUUGCCGCUGGGGAAGAAUCCAGUUGCAUAUACUGGAAGGCGGUAUAG